UUGACACAUGACAUUUUAGAUUUUGCAAUCCGCAAAAUCCAUUUAUCGGUAUUUUAAUAUAAAAAAACGUUUCCUAAACUUAAACAAAUAUAUGGGUAUUGCCAUUUGAACUAAUCAUGUAAUUUCAAAGUCUCAACAUAUAUUUAGACUAUCGUCUCAUCGAGUUUUAUAAGCAAGUGGCUUUUUGAAUACAAUAUUAACGUCAAAUUAAAUAUCAACAUUGGUUUGUGUCGUAAACAUGUCCUCAACAAGUGCUCUAGAGAAUAAUGAAGAUUUAGAGAACAUUCCUCUUGUCCGCAUGGCGGAUGUUCAGCCUGACAGGAGUUCUGAAAUGUAUUUAAUAAGUAACAAAAAAGUUAGUAGUUACGCUUGUGAAGACGACGAUUGUAACAUUGGCAGCAUGGUGUCCAUACAGGCUGAAGAAGUAGUUGAAGACGAUGGUAAUGAGACUGAACUUAUAAUACCAGAAAAUGUCGAGCGAACUCAUGAUGUGCCAAUGACCUUGAUUGUUGAGAAAAUACAAUCAAAACAGAAUCCAGAACAUUGGCCGACAUUAGAAAUAUUGCCAGGGGGAGUUAUAAAAUAUGCUGAUAAAUACGAGGAGGACCUGACUUGUUACCAGAAUGACGUGGAAUCUGGCUGCUCCGAGAUGAUGUACGCUUGCGCUAAAUGCCCUCAAAGAUUCAACUACCUGUUCAGUCUCGUAAAACAUGUUAAGUUACAUGAGAUACAAAAGAAGAAAGAACAAGAAUUAGAAUUAAUCUCAAUAAGUCUAGAUCCGAGUACUACACAUAAAUCGAUGCCGGCAUCACCGACAAAAAUGAAAAAACAGGUUUGUACAACCAAAAACAAGAAAAAAGGCAUAUCGAAAACGAAAUCUAAGUGCAAACUACCAAAGAGAAAUUAAGAUUAUUAUUUAUGGAAAUUUUUUAAUUCCUAAGAAUGAAUAUAUAUAUGUUUAUUUUAACUUUUAAAAUUUCUUAAUGGGAAUAAAGACUAAAAUUAAGUAUAAGUAAACAUAAAGAAGUAUUUAUAUGUUUUUUUUUUUUUUAAUAUUUUUAUUUUAUUAUUAUGCUGUGAACUCUUUGGUGUAAACUGUUUGUCAGAUUUUUUUUUUAAUUAUACAUUUUAUAUAAUCGCUAGUUAUUUUGGUAAGUCGAUAGAUAUCUAGACUAUUUAGUGUUUGUAAGCGAAAUUAAGAAAUGUAAAUAUAUUUAUGGAAAAAUCAUUAGUAAAUUGUGUUUCAGGAAUGGUUUGUGAUGUUCUUUCAUUAUAUCAUUUUUGGGUAAAGCACAAAAAUAUGUAAUUGCGACCAAAUUAUUGUUGUUUAAGUUUUUUUUUUUAAAUAACUUUAUUCCAGAAGGUUCUGUCAGUUGUUUGAGUAAUAUAUAUUAGAUAAUAUGAGUGCUAUUACCGUGACCUUUGUAUUAUUCUAUUUCACAUAUAAAUAGUUAUAUUUUUAUUAUCGUUUUGGACUUCAAAUAUUUUUUUAUAUAAAGUAGAAAUGAUUAUUAGUACUUCCACGUAUAAUAAUGUUGUGGGCCAACCAUAAUGUCUAAGCAGUAAUUUUUUUUAUCCCAAAGACCAUUAUUACUUUGUUUUUCAUUUUUGUUUUUAGAACUCGUCUAUCUGAAAUAAGUUUUUUUUUUAAAUUAAUAUUUCCUUAUCUUUUGUGCUCGUGUACUUUACAUUUUCUUAGCCAUACUUUUUUUUCUAAGUUGAAAGCUAACAAAUUUUCAUAGUACGCCUUCCUAAUUGAAUUGUUAUGUCAAAAUUUGUAGUGGAAAUUGACAGAACUUUCUAGAAAUUUAUCUAAAUGUAACAUCUGCGUUGAUAUGACCGUAGAUUUUUACAAUUUUAUAUAUAUCCGCAACAUUAUAAUGAACUAUAAUUAUUGUCUAUUGUUUUCCUUUUUCAUAUAUGUAUCAAUGUUUUUGAAUUUAUUAGAAUAGAGUUCUGUAUUGUGGACUGUGCUAUUUAGUUUGUAAAUGCAAUUAAAAAUUGCUCUAAUUUGGUUUUAUGUAUAUAAUUUGUCUAUUUGUUAGUCAAUUGAAUAAAUAUAUUUUUGUUGUUCUAAUAA